ACGAAUGUUAGGAAGGGCAGCGGCCGUCGAUCAGAGAACACAUAGUCGGAGACGAUGUGGAGAAGGAUUUGCGUCGCCCCUUUGCGUUCUGCCCUCCGUCAGCCCCGUGCCUCCUCCGGCGCUGCCUCUUCCCAUAGCGGCUCUGUUCUUGCUCCAGUUUCAGUGUCUUCAUCCUUCCUCGACACGCGGUAUAGCUUCAGCUCCGUCCCUGAGGAUGGAUCGUCGAGGAAUAAAGUGGAGGACGUGAUGCCGGUCGUCACUGGACUCGAGCGCGUGGAGUUAGAAGCAGAGCGCCAGGGAAAGAAGCUGUUUGAGAUGGAGACGCCCGUUGGCCCCUUUGGUACUAAGGAAGCUCCUGCUGUCAUCCAAUCCCACUACAACAUGAGGAUAGUUGGUUGUGUUGGUGAUGAGGGCGAGGAUGAACACGAAGUCAUGUGGUUUUGGCUGAAGAAAGACAAGCCGCACGUGUGCCCCGUUUGCUCUCAAUACUUUGUGCUUGAAGUGAUCGGCAAAGGAGGCGACCCAUAUCCUCCUAGCGACGAUGAUGAUCACUAAAAUGUGGAUCUGAAUUGUGCUGAAAAUAAAAAAACAAACGAACCUGGGAGGCAGAUCUCCUUGUGCUGUGUAGCUACAUUCUUCUUCCUCUGGCUUGUGGAUUUUGGUCUUCUUUGCUAUUCUAUAAUCAAGUAGAGAAGUGACCACCCUUAACAAUUAUUGAGUUGUGGUUAUCUUUUGGCCCUUGUUUUUUAGUUCCCAAAUAAUGAAUGGCCACAUUAAACUCGGCAUUAUUAAUUUUAUCAUAUUUUUAAUCUUUCAAUCCA